GGUGGGGACAGCAGCGGCUCUGUCUCAACACACUUCAGUUCAGCCGCCGUAUCGUGCCGUGCCGUGCCGUGCUGUGAGUCCAGGUCAGAGCACACUGUGGACUCCGGAGGAACUGCCGCUGAACCGGGAGAGACAUGGAGGACGCGGGCGGUGCCAGUGUGUACGGGGCUUCGCUCGCCGGAGGAGGCUUCGACUUGAACAAGUUUGUCCGCCAGCCGCAGACCAUAGUGCGGCUGCUGAGCUGGAUAUUUGCCAUGGUGGUGUUUGGCUGCAUCACAACAGAGGGAUACAUCAACUCUCCCCAAAGUGCAGAGGCAAAGUGCAUCUUCAACCAGAAUAACUCGGCGUGUCAUUAUGCUGUUACCAUUGGGGUGAUAGCCUUCCUGGCCUGCGUGGCCUUCCUGGUGUUAGAUGUUUACUUGCCUUUCAUGAGCAAUGCACAGGAGAGGAAGUACGCUGUCAUGGCCGACCUGGGAUUCUCAGGGGCGUGGGCCUUCCUGUGGUUCGUUUGUUUCUGCCUGUUGGCCAAUCAGUGGGGUCGCACUCAGGAUGUCAGCGCUAUCCCCCACGACGCCGCACACGCCACCAUUGCCUUCUCAUUCUUCUCCAUCGCCACCUGGGGAAUCCUAGCCUACUACGGGCUGGUUCGUUUCCGCCGUGGUACGACUGAAGUUACGCUCCCGACCCACGCAGAGCCGCCAUCAGAUCACCACACCCCUUACCCUCCGACCUACCCCCCCACCGCCUACAACCCCACCACCUACACCCCUACCAGUUACGGAGCCUAUCCCAGCAGCAUGGCCGACAUGCCUCAGCCGCCUCCCUUCUCCUCGAAACCUCAGCCGCAAGGAGACGAGGGCUACCUGCCACCCAACUACUGAGGCCAAGGGAGCUGACGCGGGCGAGCUGGUGUCCUCACUCAUCUGUGGAGAGAGUGAUUGGAGUUGUACUGCACAGGCACGGAGCUGUAUCAUAUUGAUGUGGUUUUACGUUUGAUUUAUGAAAUGUUUUGUUCUCAGACGUGAGAACCUGAGCAGUGCAACUGCGAGUCACAGAUGUGGGACACUGCGGUUUACUUCAGACGGUCUGCGGUCGGAUCUUGAUACGUCAGGCCGGAGUGUCGAGAUUAGUGCUGACGAUGAUUAAGCAAUCUGACUUUAGACCUCUAUGCAAAGAUGCAACUCUUACCUCAAAUGGGCCGAUCCUGAACGGGAGAGUGAUGAUGGAAUGUACCCAGGAGGUCAAAGGUCACAUCAUGUGACUUUAUGAAGCUCCAGUCAGAGUGGAAGAAACAAAGCACGUGAUGUGUUUACACUUUACUCUCUGUUGGAACCUGAGAAUGUGCAUUUGUACAUAAUUGUCGCUAUGCAAAGCUGGCAUUUUUAUGGUUGUAUGUGCGAUUUACUUUCUUAUUUAGUUUAGUGGAUUUAUUUUCCCCCUCAGUGCAGAUACAGUAUCUUGAUGCCCUGUACAUAGUUUAGGACGUACAAUUAAAUAGUACAGUGGGAGACAACCUCUAUAAAGCCAAAUGUCCUGUGAUUGUGGGCUAGGGCUGGAUUUUGCAGUUAGCCAUAUCACCAUAAAUACCUUUUCAAACAAAGUUUUAGGGGUUAAAUAAUCUUUGUACUGCAGUAAAACCAUUACUGUGUUCACCAUCUCAGCUGAUACUGGUUUAAAAACAAUCUUCUGGUUGAUGAUGACAUGAAAGCAACCCCCCAUUUCCUGAGCUGUGACGAUUGCUUUAACGGCCUUAAUGUGUUAAAUUUGCCAAACUGCCGAGUCAUUCGUGGGACGUGCGUAGUCAGUGUUGCUCUUUAAACCUGCGGCUAACGUUCAGAUAGUAGAUAACCAUGCACUUAUUGAACAAGUUUAUCCACUGAGCAUGUCCUUUUUCUGAAGUCAUUCAUUAACCACUAGUAACAAUGCUUCUUCUUCUGUGUAUGAGUAGUUUGACCUCACACCUGCUCCAAGGUCUCAGUGACAUGACAGGUCCUGUUUACACACCGAGCUGUUGGAGGCAGACUGCAGCGUGUGUGUCUUUGAAGAUGACAGGUUAACACUUUAGCUUUAACAGCUGUCCUGGUUUCCUUUUUGCCAAUCAUUGGUGUUUGUCAGUUUAACACUUCAACCGCCUUCCGGCUGCCGUAGCUCAGCUGCAGUGACAGAGAGUAACUGGCCUGAGAUCAGUUUCUUUUAUUGUUCCAUGGUUCUUGUGGAGGUGUAGGCUGACUUCAGACAUGACACCAUUAUCUGAAGCUAUACUACAAAUUGAAUGUGAUUACAUUCAUCAAACUUGUCGUUUGCAAUGAUUAAAAAAACAGAUUAUAUGUUUUGACCCACCUACAGUGCAUAACCUACUGAACCCACAAUAUAUGAUUAACACUGCUGAUGAUUUGUCUUUUGUAUCUAAAGGAGAAAACUGAACUAGAGUUUUUUGGGGAAAUGAAAGUGAAUGAGAGUUAACUGUCCCGUGAUUACAUACUGACACUGUUAUAUUUCAGUUAAACAGCUGUGGGUCACGGCUGCACUUGAGUGAUUUUCUUUUGCUUUGUUUCAUGCUCUGGAAAAUCAAGAUAAAACUAUUGUGAAAACUUCAGUGUAUUAAUGUUAGACAACUGUUUGUCUUGUAUAACUCAACUGAUCAUAAAUUUCAAAAAUUGUUCCUUUGGACUUUGUCUCCAGCAUCUUCCUGCACACUUUUGUAAAGGUAAUGAGGAUGUUGACUCAUGAGCACACAUUAAAUUUACAAUGAGCUUGCCAAAAUAA